AUGAGACAAUUAAUAAAAUCAUUUAGUUGGUAUUUAUAUGGAGGUGUAUCAUGUUAUUGUAUGCAACGAUUUUUUGUUGAUUUUAUUUAUAUAAAAAAUAAUGAAAAUGAUUUGUUUCAAUCAGGUGAUAUUAUUGUUUUGGAUAUUUGGAAUCGAUUAGAAUUAAACAGAAAUAACUUAAUCUGUGCUAAAUCACCUGAUAAUCAUCAACAGACAAUUUUUGGUCGUGUUAUAGCAUUUCCUGAUGAUAGAAUUAACAUUCAACCAAGAAAUACCAGAAUCAAAUUAGUUAAAAUUCCUAAAGGAAGUAUUGGUAUUAGUCUAUUAACCAAUGAUAAUCAUGAAGAAAUUAAGAUUUUACCAAUGGGUUUAAUUGAAGGACGAACAUUAGCACGAAUUUGGCCAUUAAAACGUUCUACUAGUCAUCUUCUUAAUAUGCCAUCAACAUCAGAUAUUUGA